UGUGGGUGGUUGGGAGCGGGCACUGGGUGCCUGGGAGGAGGAGGGGCACUUUGUGUCCAGGGGGCUCCUCCCCGGCUGGGGCCUGGUUUGAGACCCCCCAGCUCACCGUGAACGAGGGGCACCAAAUGGACAUGGUGGGGUGAGGGCAGCUCGGGGAUUGGAGACCUCACCCCCCUUCCCAGGUGGCCGUGUCCCAUGGGGAUCAGGGUGCCGGACACCAGCCCCACAUCCCCGAGCUGGGGUGGAGAACCCUACUUGCGGCUACUGGGAUGGUAGCCCCCCUACCAGCUGGGAUGGGGGCAGGGCGGAGGGAGGUGGGGCCAUGGCAGCAGGGCCCGUUGUGGCGCUGUGCAGGUGGGGCUGGGGGAGGCCGACCCUGCUGGACCGGUUGGGCGGCUCCGCUCCGGCUCCUUAAAUGGAGGGUUGUUCAGGGUAGCUGGAGCCCCAGAGCGCCCCCCCACAUGCCACGCCCACUUCUCUUUCCCCUGUGGGGGUGGGUGGGUUGUGCAGUGGGUGCCCCCUGCUCCUCCUCCCUUUAGCAGGGGGCUGGGAGUCCAGGCUCCUGAGUUCUAGUCUCUUCCAAAGCAGCUUCGUGCCUCAGUUUCUCCAUCUGUUCUCUAGGGAUAUGGAUUCAGCACCUGCCUGUAGGGGGCGGUGGGGGGCCAGGUGCUGCUGUGCACAGGUGGAGUGCCGGGGGCUGCCUGCAGGGAGGGAGCCAAACUGCACCACCAUCCUUCAGCCCCAGAGCUGCCAGCACCCCAGGCUGAUGGCUACACUGGGAGUGGGGUGAGGGGUCCCCUUAAUCCUCACCCCCCCAGGGGAAACCUAUAGAAGUUCCAUUUGCAUCCCCCAGGUUUCAGGGCUCCUCUGAGAGGUGGUAUCAUAUGUGGGGGAAACUGAGGCACCAAGGGGUGAAGGGAUUCACCUGGGAUCGCAUAUUGUGUCUGUGGCAGAGCCGGGGAGAGAAUCCAGGUGUCCUGGUUCCCAGCCCCCCCCCACCCUGCUCUAACCACUAGAUCCCACUGUCCUCCCAGAACUGGGGACAGAACCCAGGAGUCCCAAUUCCCAGCUCCCCAGCCCCAUCUCCCAUCUCUGGGUGUUGGGUGCUGGCUGGGCCCAUGGCCUGGUCUGUUCUCCCCCUGCAGGAGCCCUUCCAGCAGUGGGGUGAAGAGGUGGAAGACGGGGCCAUCUACAGCAUCACCCUGCAGCGGGUGAGGGCAGAGCCUGCGGCCAACGGGGGACCCUGCCCACUGGCCGGAGUUGGCCCCCCCUGCCCCUUCGUGCAGUACCGCACCUGCAGGCUGCGCCGGCUGCGUGCCGGGACCCUGCCCCAGCUGGUGAGAGGCCUGGUCGCGGCCAGCGCAGAGAGUGACCCUGGCUACCUUCCCAGCUUCCUGGCCACCUACCGCGCGUUCGCCACCCCCGGCCGCGUGCUGGAGCUGCUGCUGCCGCUGGGCCCUGACAGGGCUGUGCUGCAGGUGCUGGAGCUCUGGCUGCAUGAUCACCCCGAGGAUUUCCGGGAGCCCCCCCAGCACCCCAGCCUGCGCCAGCUCCAUGGCUACCUGCGCCAGGCAGCCCCGGGCUCGGAGGUGUGUGCGCGGGCCGAAGGGCUGCUGCAGAGCUUUCAGGAGAAGCCGGGAGAUAAACAGGUGGAGCCUGAGAGCUGUGAAUCCCCUGGGGAUGGUCCGCUGGUGUUGGGGGGCGAGGGGGGGCCAGAGGGCUGCGGGGAGUCCCCCGAUCUCCUGUCGUUCAGUGUGGAGGAAGUGGCCGAGCAGCUGACGCUAAUGGACAUAGAGCUGUUCAUGCAGGUGCGACCCUUCCACUGCCUGGGCUGCGUGUGGUCACAGCGGGACCGCAAGGCGGGCGAGGGGGCAGCGCCCAGCGUCCGCGCCACCGUGGCCCAGUUCAACGCCAUCACCAGCUGCGUCGUCGCCUCGGUGCUGGGUGAUGUGCAGCUCCGUGCGUCGCAGAGAGCCCGGCUGCUGGAGAAGUGGGUCGCCAUUGCGCAGCACUGCUGCGUUCUGCGUAACUUCUCCUCCCUGCGAGCCGUGAUCUCCGCCCUGCAGUCCAGCCCCGUGCACCGGCUCAAGAGGACCUGGGCUGCCGUCAGCCGGGACACCAUGGGCGUCUUCCGGAAGCUCUCGCAGAUCUUCUCCGACGACAAGAAUCACCUGAGCUGCCGGGAAAUCCUGCUGCAGGGAGAUGCUGCCCAGGGCGUCCCCGAGGGAACCCCCAGCCCCCGCAUCACCCGCAAAGCGACUCAGAAACUAAAUCCCCCGGAGAAGCCAGCGGCGCCCCCCCCAGGCACUGUCCCGUACCUUGGCACCUUCUUGACGGAUCUGGUGAUGCUGGACACGGCGCUGCCGGAUUUCCUGGAGGGUGGGCUCAUCAACUUUGAAAAGAGGCGGAAGGAGGCGGAGAUCCUGCUGCGGAUCCAGCAGCUGCAGGCAUCGUGCCGGGGCUACGCCCUGCACCCCAACCCCCCCGUGCUGGCCGCCUUCCAGCGCCACGGCCGGCUCUCCGAGGAGCAGAGCUACCGGGUCUCGCAGCUCAUUGAGCCCCCAGCCGACUCCUGCCCCAACUCACCCCGCGUCAAACGCAGCCUCAGCAAACGCUUCAGCUCGCUCCUGCUGGGGGCCGAGGCCCUGCCCCCCCGUCUGCCCUCCGCGAAGGGCAGCAUCUCGCCUUCGGGCACCGGCAGCAGUUGCGAAGCCGAUGAGGGGCCCAGUGCCCCCUGCUCCCCGGAGAUGGGGGGGCCCCUUGGCAAGAGCCUGCUGGAGCUGCCGGUGAGCACCUGCCCCCCUGAGGAGCCGCCCUCCCCCCUCGCCCGCCGCCCCUGCUCGCCCCUCUACAACCAGCAGGGGGCGGACUCGUGCAUCGUGCGGGUCAGCAUGGACAACGCCCACGGCAACCUCUACAAGAGCAUCCUGUUGACCAGCCAGGACAAGACCCCAGCCGUGGUGCUGCGCGCCCUCCAGAAACACGGCCUGGACGGGACCCCGCCCGGAGCCUUCCAGCUCCUGCAGCUGCUGGGGGGCGGCAGAGAGCUGCUGAUCCCUGACGGGGCCAACGCCUUCUACGCCAUGAAUCCAGCCGCCAACUUCGACUUCGUCCUGCGCCGGAAGGGCCACCCCAGCCCCCGCCUGCCCCAACCCACCCCUGCCCACAAAGCCCCCACUCCCCUCCCCCCCCGCCCAGCCCUAACCGUGGAGCCCCCACUCCCCUCCCUCCCAGGGCCCUUUUCGCCGCCAGCACCCCACAGCCCGGGCACCCCCCCAUGGUCCCCCCUCUCCUCCCUCCCAGCCCCUAGCACCUUCCCCUGGCAGCCUCCCCCAGCCCUUCCCCCCUGAUCUACACCCCAGAACCCCCUGCUUCAUUCCCCAGCCCCCGCCCCCCCGCUGCAUGUGUAGCUCCUCCCUGCACCCCCUGUUGGCCCCUCCCCAAGUCGCCAAGACCCUGGGGGUCUACACCCCCCCUGCCAUCAGCAAAACAAGCCUCAGCUGGGCUCCCCCAAUUCCCACCCCCCCAGUCAGUCCCUGGGUAUGGGCAGCCCCCCCAGCCUGCCCCCCGUCCCACCCUGCAGCCAGGAGUGCCGAGCGUGCCAUGGGGCACCGGAGAUGCCAGGAUCGGCUGUGCUGGGGGCUGCCCUGCUCCCGGGAAGAGGGGUUUGGGGGGCAGGCAAUCAUGGGGGCCUGGAUGGGGCCAAUGCUCCUGGGAGAGGUCCCCACUGAGGGGUGGGGUCUGUGCCGGGGGUUCCCCCCUCGCUGCUCCCCAGCAAUCAGCUGAGGGGGGGGCUCUGAAUCCUGGAUUUUCCAAUAAACCCCCCUGAGCAGAGCAAACCAUGGUCUGAUGGUUUGUUCUGCCCCUCCCAGGGGGCAUCUGGGGCAGGCCCGUUUUUGUAGGGGGUGCAAAUGGGGGGCUAGUGAUGUUGCAGCUGGUUGAGCCCCCCUCCAGUGGCCACUAGGUGGCAGCAGCUGGCCCUGGCCCUUGGGGGGGCCCCGGCUGGGGAACUGGUGGGGCUCUCGGCUGAUGCCUGUUGGGGGUGCUGCUGUGUUUUCAGCCCCACCCCCGGUUGCCGUGACAAUGCUGGGGAGAUGAGCUUCUCUCUGGGGGGAGAGGGGGCUGCCAGGAGCCCCCAGAUGGGGGCAGGGAGGGGGUGUUGGGGUCUCAUUCCCCUCUGCAGCUUUGUGUGUUGGUGUGGGGGGGGGGUGAUCCCCACUGCAGGAUCAGGCUCUUUGCAACCCCAGGCUCAAGGUGUCUUCAGCCCCCGCCCCCCAGCCCAGGACCGGGCCCUUGGCGGAUGUGCCGCCCCGCUUCAGAAUCAGGCCCUCAGUCACCCCCCACCAGCAAACCGGGGCCUGGAGCUGCAGCAGGACUGGAUCUUGGGGGGUCGGCUCCUGGGGUCCCACGUCCCCCUCGCUACGGCUGACGCUGGGGUCUGCUUGCCCAGGACUAUGAGGGCAGCGAGACGCUCACCCACAGGCCACUGUGAGGGGGAGGAGCGUGGGGCUAGGAGGGGGCGACGGACCCCGUCUGGGAGUCUGAGCCCCACAGAGAUCCCCAGGAUCUGGCAGCCGUCCCCUCUCCCUGCCCAGCACAGCCCUGCCCCGGGUCUGCCAGC